CUUUGCAGGCUCCGGGACUCGCGCCUGCGCAGCUUGAUGAUGGGUCGGCGGCGGGACCCGGUCCGCUGGCUGGUGCUGCGGGCUGCGGGCCAUGGUGGGUCAGACUGAGAUUGGCCCGGCCCGGGUCCGGAGCUGGAGCUGGGGGCACUGAGCGGCGGGCAGGGCGACUGGACUGAUUUGGCUGAGUGAGAAGCGGGCAGGAGGCAGAAAGAAUGAGAGCUGCAAAUAUUUUGGUGUUGUCACAUUGGCAAGAGUGCCCUUGCUGGCUCCUGUAGAGCUGACCAGCCUUUCCAGUUUUGUGUCUGUCCAGGUCAUUCAUUCAACAACAGGAGCCAUGCGGGGCCAGCGGAGUCUGUUGUUGGGCCCAGCCCGCCUCUGUCUGCGUCUCCUUCUGCUCCUGGGUUACAGGCGUCGCUGCCCACCUCUGCUCCGGGGCCUGGUCCAGCGCUGGCGUUAUGGCAAGGUUUGCCUGCGCUCCCUGCUCUACAAUUCCUUUGGAGGCAGUGAUACUGCUGUUGAUGCUGCCUUUGAGCCUAUCUACUGGCUGGUGGACAAUGUGAUCCGCUGGUUUGGAGUGGUGUUUGUGGUGCUGGUGAUCGUGCUGACUGGGUCCAUUGUGGCCAUUGCUUAUCUGUGUGUCCUGCCCCUCAUCCUUCGAACCUACUCAGUCCCACGACUCUGCUGGCAUUUCUUCUAUAGUCACUGGAAUCUGAUCCUCAUCGUCUUCCAUUACUACCAGGCCAUCACCACUCCUCCUGGAUACCCACCCCAGGGCAGGAAUGACAUUGCUACUGUCUCCAUCUGUAAGAAGUGCAUUUACCCCAAACCAGCCCGAACACACCACUGCAGCAUCUGUAAUAGGUGUGUGCUGAAGAUGGAUCAUCACUGCCCCUGGCUAAACAACUGUGUGGGCCACUAUAACCAUCGCUACUUCUUCUCUUUCUGCUUUUUCAUGACUCUGGGCUGUGUCUACUGUAGCUACGGAAGUUGGGACCUUUUCCGGGAGGCUUAUGCUGCCAUCGAGAAAAUGAAACAGCUUGACAAGAACAAACUACAGGCAGUUGCCAACCAGACUUACCAGCAGACUCCACCGCCUACCUUCUCCUUUCGAGAAAGAAUAACUCACAAGAGUCUUGUCUACCUCUGGUUCCUGUGCAGUUCUGUGGCACUGGCUCUUGGUGCCCUAACCAUAUGGCAUGCUGUUCUCAUCAGCCGGGGUGAGACUAGCAUCGAAAGGCAUAUCAACAAGAAGGAGAGACGUCGGUUACAGGCCAAGGGCAGAGUAUUUAGGAAUCCUUACAACUACGGCUGCUUGGACAACUGGAAGGUGUUCCUAGGUGUGGAUACAGGAAGGCAUUGGCUGACCCGGGUGCUGUUACCUUCUAGUCACUUACCCCACGGGAAUGGAAUGAGCUGGGAUCCUCCUCCCUGGGUGACCGCUCACUCAGCCUCUGUGAUGGCCGUGUGAGCCACAACUUGACCAUGAUGCUUGAUAUGUCUCUCUCAAGAGCUUCCAAGGGCAGCUUUCUUGGAAUCCAUGACCAUAAAGAGCCACUAGGCCUGCCUUAGAGUACUACUUAAGGAACAACCCAAGAGCAGUUUUCUGGCCACCU